GCACUGGGCGUUUCAAAUACUUUUACGACACUGGUUAAAGCUACAUAUACCAAAUUCGCUUGGAUAGUAACAAAUCAGUUUCUUACAGUUUUGUCCAACAUUCACAUCAUAUACUCUGUAAAAAGGAAUCCGAAAAUAAACGGUCACCAAAUUGAAAUGAACCGAUUCAGCGCAGCUCUUCUUCUCAUCUCACUUGUUACUUUGAUUUUGAUUAGCUCUGGCGUCCAAGGAAUUCCACAAGACCAGGAUCCUAGCUGCAACUGCAAGAAAAAUUACGCCCCAGUAUGUGGAACAGACGGGAAAACUUACUCUAACGAAUGCGUAUUGAGUGUCGAGACUAAAGGUAUAUGUGGAAAGACUAAGUCGUCCAUCACAAAGGCUUAUGACGGUGCAUGCAAAGAAGCGAGCCCAUACGUUUUCGUCACGCUAUUUUAUUAUGAUGACCAGUGUCCGUCGAUAGACAACAUUUUCAGAUUUAAAACUUCCUUCGCUCUCCAUCGACUCAAACAUUUUUCUCUUGAAAUGCUUCAGUUCUACUCAAAGAAUUUCUCAUGCUCGUCUCUGUUCCUCAUAUUUUUCGCCUUAAGCAUCGUGAUAAGCUACGGACCCGGCGCUUGCGGAGCGGGGAUCGGCCGAAAAGCAAUCUGUGUCUGCACGUUGCAGUACGAGCCAGUUUGCGCCACAGACGGGAAAACUUACGGCAACCUAUGUGCUCUGGAGUGCGACAAAAAGAGCAAAGCUUACGAUGGCGAAUGUAAAUCAACGAAGACAGUCAAGAGAGCGGCGGCUGAGUGUGGAUGUCAAUUCAAAUUCGCCCCCGUUUGCGGAACAGACGGCAAAACCUACGACAACGAGAACUGCAUGGAAGUUGAAGUCACUCAAUGUGGAACUGUCAUCGAUUCACCCAUCAGGAAGGCUCACGACGGCGAAUGUAAAACAACACCCAUCAAAGUAUCCGAAACACAAUGUGGGUGCCCGGACAACUUUGCUCCAGUUUGCGGGACUGACGGAAAGACUUACCCCAAUGCGGUAUGCAUGAUCAACACACUCACCAAAUGUGGGACCAUCAAAACAACUGUAACUAUCGCUCGCAACAGCGCGUGUAAGUAAUACAGAGAAACCAGGUGACCUUAUUGUUGAAUCACGUUACCUAGAAAAGCUAUGGAAGAAUUGAAAUUUUUAAUAAUAGUACGAGUAUUAUUAUCAGUACCCGAUCGAAAAAUGACCAGCAUACUAUUUAUUUUAUUUUUUUAAAACGCCAAUAAAAAUGUUAUCGAUCACCGA